UCGCUCUCUCUCCCCUCUCUCUCUCCCUCUCUCCCUCUACCUCACCCUCAAGAAUCGAAAACCUCUCUCGCCUUGCAAGCUAGGGUUUCUCCGCCUUGCGCACUCAAAUUCUGCAACACCAGCUUCAGAUCUCUCUCUAGAGCUGUCGUUUCCGUCAUCGCCUGCAGGUUCUCUUUCGUUCGAUACCAUCUUGUCCACAAGCCGUGAAGAGCCUAUGUGAACUGGACGCGGCAUCGGCCGAUUUGGUGCUCGGACAGAUUUGAGAUGUUUGAGCUGGAGUUUCUGGUUGCAGUCAUGGAUCUUGAGUUUUAACUCGCUGUCGAUGACUGUCCUCUUUGUGAGGCGCGAAUUUAUUUAAGAUGGAGAAGAGUUUAGAAGCCUCUCAACCGAGGAGAUCGUUUAUCCCGAUUGAGUCUAUAUGUAUAGAUCUUUCCAGUGCCAUUGAUAGCAAUUAUAUUGGAAUGUGCGAGCGCUUCUCUAUACGUGAAUAUGUAUCUGAAAUGAGCAGAAAAGACGAGAGGAUUUGCUGGCCAUUUACAUCAGAUGGUAACAUUAAUGCCAUAAAGGAGCAAGCUUGCAAGCUUCCUCCACUACCUCUUCAAAAUUCUCGAUUGUGGCGAUGCCUGAAUUGUCUCGAGCAGAUCAAUGUUAAAGCUGGUAGAAAGGAAACUGGCACCGUUGUUAAAUGCUGUAGUAAAAGAUGCAUCUUUGAUGGCCCUUGUUCCCAGAUGUGGAGCAGCUUUGAACCAUCAAAGCCUGCAUUGGAUUUUCAGGAAACCUUGAAGCUGGAAGUUACUGAGAAAAGAGAGGCUAUUCCUGAUACUUCUGCUGUCCUGACUAAGAGUGACUGUUGUGCUUCAUUAGUUGCUGACAAAAAUGGCAAAACAGACAAUGAAAGUGACACUUUCAGAAAAGGACAUGAAGAAGAUGGUUUUGAAGAUAACAAAAGUCUGGAAUGUGUAGAAUUUACCAGACUAAGAGCUGCCGCACCAGAAGUUGAUCAAUGUCAGGGCCAGGAAAGUGUAAAAGAUGUCCAAGUUUACAACUAUACGAAAUGCAAAGGCUCUCCUGAUUCAUGUCAGCAAGGCAGAAGUCAAGAAGCUCGAAAUACUUCGGAAAACCUUCAACCAGGAAAACAAGCUUCUGGCAAUGGUCAGGACGGAAGGGUGACUGAGGACCAUGAAGAGACAUUAAGAACGGUUAGUGUGGCUGAUCAGAUGCCUCAUUAUCUCACAGCCUGUGAAAGCGGCAAUCCCUCCCUGGGAUUGGAUGAGUGUGACGACUCAUUAUCUGAAAGUGAAGAUGUAGGGCUCGGAGAGAGUUCUCACAAUCAUAAUCGGGAUAAAAGUCGUGGUCUAUUUCGUAGAAAAACCAGAAAGACACGCCUGAUCACCGAAUUACUGAGAGAAAGCAAAAGUACAACCACUGAUCACAUUGGAACAGAUUAUCCUCCUAGGAAUGCAGUAUCUGAACCUUUGGAUAAGACAAACACUGUUGUGCAAGGUCAGGCAGUUUUCACAGAACUUGUGAAAAGUAGAUUUCGGGAUCAAAAGAGAAAAAGGAAGUUGAUUUCAGAUGAAGAAGGAAAAGCCACAGAACUAAUGACUGCAAGUAGGGAAAACAGUGAUUCACUAAAUUGCAGUGGAGGUGUUGAAGAUGCCAAUGUGCUUUUGCAAUCUGAAUCAAAGUACAGAGCAAAUGCUAAGAUGGUUCCCGGGAUUGCUAUCAAGAAUCAGACUAAUAAUAAGUAUGGAAGUUUGAAGUUUCCUGAGAAGAAAAUGAAGAGGAACCUAGUGAUCGAAGAUUUGUCCCAAGCGCCCUCUAAGGAAAAUGUAUCAAAAAGUGUUCUGGACAAAACCGAAGCAGGUACGGCCAGUUCUGCUCGCAACUUAUGUCUCAAAUUGGGCUGUUAUACGCCCAUCACCGCCAGGUUCGACUCCAUUCCUUCUUCUGACCUACUAGUGGAAACAAAUUAUUUUACCCAAGCGCCCUCCAGAGAUACGAGUUCAAGCAUGUGUAUGAAGAAUAAGAAAGAAAACAACGAAAAGCCCUCUCUGAUUGGUUCGAGUAAUAGCUCAAAUAGACAAGGUCCAAUUACUAGGACAGAUGCCGGAACAACAAGCCUUUGUCUUCCUGCUGUACAAUUACGACCAGCUGAAGAUGCUUGUGUAGAAGAUGGGUUAGCUCUAUCUCUCAACAGCCAUUCGGUUGUGCCUGAUGUCAAGAGGAAUCAUCCUCUCAAGGUUGUGUUCGGGCAAGCUUCUUCAUUUUCUAAGGAGGCGACUCCUAAAGAGGGCCACAUUGUGAGGGAAAAUCUAAAUUCCAGAUACGUGGAGUCAAAUGUUACUUCUACUUGUGAAGUAGAUGUUGCAAAGGGAAUACUUACUGAUCACAACAGCAAAAAAGCUACAAACAGGAUGCCUCUUCUUGAUGACAAGCAAAAGAACAAGUUAAAUCUUGAUAGCAGCACUUGCCGCCAAAUGCCGCGAAUGGAUAUUUCAGGUACAAGCAACAGCAGGAAGACCUUGUGUCCUCAGACGCAGUGCACAUUGACAAACCAACACUUUGAUAGUGGAGCUGAGAAAUCAUCUGAACAAGGAACUUUUGAUGACAUACCGAUGGAAAUUGUUGAGCUCAUGGCAAAGAAUCAGUACGAGAGGUUCCUUCCUGAUGCUGAAAAUGCUGAACAACCAGUAGAAACGACCGCUGGAUCAGGUGGUUCUCAAAGUGUAAAUAUUACCAAACGGAAGAGGGACUGGAGUUUAUUGUUGAACCAAGGCAAUCAUAAACAGCAACCUCACCCAAAAAAGGCUAGAAAUCGCAGGCAUAACAUGGGCAAGGAUUAUAUACCUGCCAAGCAGACAUCUGUCGAUGGUUCUUCUCUGCCCAAUACGAUGUGUUCCAAUGUGAAUCAAAUGGAGAAAAAUUGCCCACCUACUGGGCUUCGUGGAAUCCUUCAGUUUGCUGAGAAGCCAUCAAGUGGGGUUGCAUUUUCUUUAUCCGGUUCCGGCAGGCAUAUUAGCAGUCCUUACUGCAAAAGAAACAAGCAGAUGGUGGGUGUGGGCCUUGUGUCUGGGGUUGACGAAUUUUCAGUCUCAGUUGAUGGAGUUUGUGAUUCUGUUCCCCAGCACAACCGAGGAGUGGCACAUCUAUCAACCGCAACACCAAAUUGCAUUCCCUUUUCAUAUGACAUUCCACCGAAGAAGUUGGCUUUGCCUACUAGGUCAGAUGAGUUUCUGCAUGGUUCUAGGACACUGCACGUUUUAGAUGUUAAGGGGGAUCACAGCCCGAGGUAUUUGAGAGUGAAAGCUAUUGGCUUUGACAAUCAUAGGAAUAAUUCUUCCAACAUAAAUGCAGAACAAACACAGCACACUAGACAGGGCGGGAUGGACCUCCAAAAUCUGUCAGGAUCUACGGCGCAGUGUUCCACCGAGACGAUUUCGGCGAUGCAUUUACUCAGCCUCAUGGAUGCGGGAACACACAUGGUCAAUUUGGAUGGAAAUCCUGAACUGCAUCACCGACCAUCCAUUUCUCAUAAGUAUCACUCUAAGGAGAUUGCCGAGUUGGACUUUCAGUCAUACAAGCAGCCUUCUAACCGGAUGCAUCCAUCAUCUGAUUAUUGGGCUAAAGGUAUCCUUAGUGAGCAUGUUUCUGCGGUUCCAACCGUUGAUGAGCCCGCUCCUUUAUCUCAGCCUGAUAGAAGAUUCAUGAGGGCCGCUGAGGUUGCAGCUCAGGAAUCAUUAAAGAUGCACAAGAAAGGGAAGAAAAAGUGCUCUGAAGUAGCCAUAUCAAAUGAAGCAUACAAUUACAGAUCACAAAAAUGCAUAUUCCCCGGUGGUAAUUUGGUCGCAAAUCAUGGAUCGAGUCCAACCCUUGACGGGCUUAGAAACUUCCUGGAUACUCCAAAUAACGUGGCCUUCCCUCUGCACUUGAAUGCAGAAAGUCCAGGGAAAGACAAUUUGGCGAGGCAAGAUGGAUAUGGAACCCUGCAUCCUUCACAGAAGGACUCUGAGGUUCAAGUAUGUACAGUUAACAAAAAUCCGGCUGAUUUCACCAUGCCAGAAGCAGGAAAUAGGUACAUGAUCGGACGGAGCGACCUAAAAUUUGAAAAGACACAUCCCUUUCGGAAUUCAACGGUCGAGAUGAAUUUUGACCGCAAUCACCAGAGGAAGCAAAAGCUCGCUGGAUCAAGUUGGUGCUGAGCUUUGGGUCCAUGAUCAUUCCUUCCGAUACUGAUGAGGUGAUGGUAUCAUAAAUUCCAGUGCAUUGCCGUGGCUAAGAGAGAAUCAUAGUGAAAUUUUAGUCUGGCAUGUCAACAGUGUAGGCGAUCUGAAGUUGGGAGGCUGGAUUAACAUUCGCGCAUCGUCUAAGGUCAUUCAAAGGGUUCAUUUAUAGUGUAAUAUUGUUCUGCGGAAGGACUUGUUACCGCCGUGUAUGGCGAAUAUGUUUAGCAAAGAGAGUUAAGCAUUAGUAAGUAUAGCAAUCAAAAAACAGAUAGUGAAGACCCCAAAUGGUGACAAACAAGUUGGUGUUUUGUGGAUACAUGGACAGUGUAGGUAGAGUGUGUGUUUCGUCUGGGGAAUAGACUGACAACAUGGCAUUGCUUGAUCUGUAGAUGAAUGGCAAAAUAGCGAUGCUACUAUAUAUUUUCUGGAAUGAAAAGCUCUCUCAAUAUCAA